CAUUCACGAGGCAUAUGUUCCUCAUGUAAUCACAGAGUCACUACUACAAUAUGUCUAAUGGAGGUGGAGAUUUAGGAGAGCUUCUAAUGCUCGUAGGAGACCUCCACGUCCCACAACGCGCGCUUGACCUACCUCAAUGUUUUAGAGAUCUGCUCAAUACCGACAAGAUAAAACAAGUAUUAUGCACUGGAAAUGUAGGGUCACAGCAGAUGAAGGAUCUUCUUCUGGGAAUAUCGCCAAACUUACACAUGGUCAAAGGGGAUUUCGAUCAAGAUACUACAUUACCGGAAGAAUUAAUAAUACAUGUCGGGAAUUUUAAAAUAGGUCUUAUUAACGGAUACCAGCUGCCGUCUUGGGGAGACAAGAAUGCCGUCUACGAAUACGCCAAAAAUAGGGAUGUAGAUGUGCUUGUCUAUGGGCAUACUCAUAUCAGUGAUGUGUCAAAGAUAUCUGGAAAGAUCUUAGUCAACCCCGGAUCGGCAACUGGAGCAUUUCAACCGUGGGCUCCUAAUGCCAUCCCUACAUUUAUGCUUAUGGCAGUACAAGGAUCUAAAAUAGUUAUAUAUGUGUAUGAGGAACACGAAGGUCAAGCUAACGUUGUCAUGAGUGAGGUAGAUCAAGACCAAGAUGAUGUAACGCCUUCCAAUGCUCAGAUGUCUGGUAAUGCUCUUUUAGCAUCAAAAAAGGCAACAUUUUAAACAUCACAAUGCUACUACUCACGCCCGGUCUGUCUAUAAAUGUAACCUAAUUUGGCCAUUUACGUGAUCUUUGCU